GGCUGGUUUCCGCCUUGGCGGCUGCAGCAGCGGAGCGCGAUGGCGGACCGCGCCCCUCUGCUCGAGCACCAGGAGGGCCCCGCCGUCGCCCCCCCGGCCCCGGCCCCGGCCCGCGGCGACAGGUGGAGCCCGGGGCCGCCACCACCAUCCUGGGCGGCCGGCGAUGCGGACGAGGAGGAUGAUGAUGAUGAUGAUGAGGGCGAGGCCCGGGGCCCGGAGCGGGAGGAGGAGCAGGUGGUGGCCGUGUUCGUGGUUACCUUCGACACCAGAGCAGGUAAUAUUGUGGAAUGGCGUUUACCACAAGAAGUAGACCUCGAAGGAGUAGAAUUUAAAUCCAUGGCCAGUGGAUCUCACAGGAUUAACUCUGACUUUGUCUACUUUCGGAAGGGUAACUACUUUGGUAUGGCAUGUUUUGCCAACAUGCCCGUGGAGAGCGAACUGGAACGAGGUGCCCGAAUGAAGUCUGUUGGAAUUCUCUCCCCAUCGUACACACUUCUGUACAGAUACAUGAAUUUCCUGGAGAAUCAGGUCAGGCAUCAACUUGAAAUUCCUGGGCACUACGCACAAUUGGAAGCUUUCUAUGAAGACAAGAAAGGUAUUUUACCCGCUGGCCUGAGCAGCAAAGGAACCCCUACGUCCCUUCAGCCCAUUCACUGGUUGCCAACAGUUAACAAGUACAUGUAUCCCGAGAUGAAGAUCACACACCCUGCAGGAUGCAUGUCUCAGUUCAUCAAGUUUUUUGGCGAGCAGAUAAUGGUUCUUUGGAAGUUUGCACUGUUACGGAAGCGGAUCUUGAUAUUUUCGCCCCCUCCAGUUGGAGUGGUCUGCUAUAGAGUUUACUGUUGUUGCUGUCUGGCCAAUGUUUCACUGCCUGGGAUUGGUGGAGUCCCCGAGUCCAAGCCUUACUUCUAUAUCAGUGUGGCAGAUAUAGAAACUUUGGAGACCGAGAUGUCCUUUGUAGCUUGCACAACAGAAAAGAUAUUUGAAGAGAAGAAGGAUUUGUACGAUGUUUACAUUGAUAAUCAAAAUGUGAAAACUGACCAGGAGCAUCUGCAGCAGCUGUUGAAGUUAAACAGCGCUGACAGAGACAAGUUUCGCAAACUCAAUGACCAGAGGCAAAUGCUGCUUUAUUCUCAGGAGGUGGGAGGAGAUUGCAGUGGAAGUGAAGAGGAUCUGUUCAUUAUGUUUUUCAUGGAACAGAACAAUCGGAUAUUUCAGAUGUUACUGGAGGUGUCUGCCUGUCAGGACAAGACUCUGACAGCCGACCAUGUGAGGAGUAUGGGACUGGACCCCCAGGGAGACCGCAUCUUCCUGAUGGACCUGCUGGAGGUGUACGGGAUCGAUGUAAUGCUGGUUAUUGAUAAUCCCUGCUGUCCCUGAUCCAGGGCUUCAGCCUCGCACUAUGAACUGGACCGGUCGGUCCAAGAUACUCAAUGGAUUGAUGAGUAGUGUUUAAACAAAAAAAACUAAUAAUAUAGGAAACAAGUGCAAUUGUACUGUGGCACACACUGCGAUUUCUUUGGGCCGUGUCCAGGUCAGUUCACGAGUCACGUGCAUUUUUCUCCCUUUCCCGUUGUCUUAUCAAUUCAAAGACUGUGUAAAAAUUAACCUGAGGGAAAAAUCAGGAUGAUUUCACAGGGAAGAAACACUCAUUGGAAGGAUUUUCAGAUAGGAGAGUGUUCUUGAUUUUUUUUUACCUUCUGUUGAUAAAAGUUAUUGUGAUUCUGUU